UGAAUGUCUCAACUUCCCUUGUGCACCAGCAUCAUCUCAAUUUAUCAAUCUUUCACCUACAGCCAAACCUACAAGUACUCAAGCUCAAUUUAAGCGAUUCAAUCAUUCAAAAAUACUCCGUGGCCGUGAAUAUGCAAGUGUCCGUCUAGCGUUCGUUACUUGCCAACGUUCGGCCGCCGUCUCCAGCAGACGCAUUAGCAAUGCUUCCCAUCACGACCUGCUUCGUUGCAGGGCUGCAAUAUUUGAUCCAUCCUCUGAAGCUUGGAACCAUUCAAGAAACCAUCAACCCUGAUGCUCUAAUUCCAAUCACGCUCCUGUCAACUGAAGAAAUCUUUGGAGACCUCGAAGGAAUCCUACAACUCUUUGAUUCGAUUGAUGAUGUCUUUGUUCCUGACUUUGGUUCCAUUCUCGUCGAAAAGAGCGGAGACAACAGUAGCCAGGCUCAUGUCGAUACGCGACAGAUCUAUCAUAUGGACCAAAUCAAGGCUCUAGAUGUCUUUUCCGAGUUACCUUCCGGCCCAUACUUUCUCUACGGUCCGAACCUUUACCAAGCCUGGCGGUUGUAUGAUGAUGAAUUUGGAGCCUUCACUUCUGGUGCAAUCCCUGAUGAUCUGAACCAACCAGACGAGUUCCAACCCCUGACCUCUUCGUCUGUCUACGGAGAUUCAGUUACAGUUCCUGUGCCAUCAAGGCUUUACCACCCCCAACCUUCUGCCAAGAAACCCUUGUCUGGCGUCCGUGUUUCUAUAAGCGACACGAUAUCAUUGAAAGGAACCUAUACAACCUUUUCCAGUCGGGCAUGGAAAUCUCUCUACAAAAAUGCCUCGAGUUCUACAGCUAAAUACACACAAAGUCUCAUCGACCAAGGAGCCGUCAUCGUCGGAAAAACGAAGACAUCGCAUUUGGGUACAGGUGCAGAAUGGGUUGACCAACAAGCUCCUUGGAGUGCAAGAGGUGAUGGAUAUCACAGGAUGAAAGGCGGUUCAGUUGGUGCUGCUGCGGCCUCGGUUGGGUACUCAUGGAUUGACUACAGCAUUGGCGUUGAUGAUUCUAGAAUGAUGUCCGAGGGUGGUAUUUACUCUUUGAGUCAGCCUGAAAGCCUAUCGACUGACAUAGUCCCGACAUCAAAGUUCGAUAAAACUCGAAUCUUUAGUCGAAACCUCAAGGGACUCCUCGAUUUCACAGUAGAUUCCAAGACUGGGGAUUCUGAAGCUUCCUCUUCCACAAGAGUAAUCGUACCAGAUGACUUAUCAUCACCCCAAGAGUCACAAAAAACAGCCAUUGCGACUUUCGUGUCGAUUCUGCAAGAUCUGUUGAACACGAAAGCCGAGUACGUUGAUGUUGGCAAGAUUUGGGAGAAAAGUCCUCCAUCUGGAGCAUCGAAUGAGGGAAUGCAAGCAUACAUGCAAAAGCAAAAGUUCGACAAACGGCCGUUCAUCGAGGCUGCACCGCAGUUCUUUUGGAACAAAUGCAAGUCAGUGACAGAGGAGGAAAACCGCCAAGAUACAGAACGUCUCGAAGUAUACCGAAAAUGGUUUCAUGAGAAAAUCAUGCGCACUUCUACCCCCAAUGCCAAGGGAGACGCAUUCGUGAUCCUUCCAUGCGGAAAUUCUCAAGUUGAACAUCGGAACGAUCCUGUGGCUCCACCAACCAUUUACAAAGGCAUCGACUCUACAACACUUGCGCCGGUAUUGGGGGCUCGCCUUUUAUCGUUUCCAUUCACCCAGGUACCCUAUGAGUCUGAUAUUUCUGGAAAGACAGAGUAUCAGCCGUCAAGAAGUCGGAUCAUCUCAACAAUCGUCUACAAGCUCCCUUGUCGGGUCAGAAUCUUGACUCGAUUUCUUGCUAGUGAUUUGAUGCAAACAACAACUCCACAUCGAAACAUAAACCGGGGCUCAUCCGGCUCGGAACCGUCGAUUGACAGGGAUCGUCGUCAAGCUCACGGACCGGAGACCGGGGUAUCACUACCGUGGGGGCUUUCAACGAUCAAAAUGGCGGAACCAACCAAUACACCGGUACCAGCUUCUACACCGCGAGCUACGUCUCCUACUCCUCAGUUACCCUUCAUUUCUCAAGGAUCUCUUUCAAUACGGUCAUCCAUGACUUCCUCAAAACCCCGAGUUCUUCAUAUUGGAGAUCCUAUCAAAUACAAUCCUGAAACAUAUCUCCGCUUCAGCAUUCAGUGUGAGAUUAUCAGACCGCCAACUGAAGAGCGGCAACGACCAGAGUUCAUCAAUGCCCUCAAGGAAAAGAGAUGGGGUGAUUUUGAUGCCAUAUUUCGUCCAUUUUGGGGAACUGGAGGUGAAAUGGGAAAAUGGGACCAAGAGUUGAUCAGUCUACUACCACAGAGUGUCAAGGUAUUUGCAAGUGCAGGUGCCGGCUUUGACUGGGCUGAUACGAAGCUAUUGGGAGAACGAGGAAUCAUCUACUGCAAUUCUGGUCUCGCAGCUGCUGAAGCGGUAGCCGACUUUGCCAUUGUUGGGAUCAUUUCAACAUUCCGGGUCCUUCCAUGGUGUAUCUCAUCCGCCAUGUCCGGCAAUGAGGAGGCUUUCAAGGAGAAUCAUCGCGAUGCCACAAUGCAAUCGUACAAUCUUCGCGAUCAGGCUCUAGGAAUUAUUGGAUUUGGCAACAUUGGCCAGCAAAUUGCUGCCCGUGCACGAUAUGGCUUUGGUAUGGACAUUCAUUACUAUGAUGUGCUUCCCAAGCCUGCUGCUGUGGUUGCUCCUGUACGAGCUACCCACCAUGAGACGCUCAAGAGUCUACUUUCUCGAUGCGACUGUGUUGUUCUAUGCACACCAGCUGGCGAAGGUACUCUGAUCGACUCAAAGACUCUGCCAUCCUUCAAACGUGGAUCACGGUUUGUCAAUAUUGCACGAGGGAGUCUUGUUGACGAGGAAGCAUUGGUUGCUGCCCUCCGAGAAGGUACACUGUCAAGCGCGGCUCUCGACGUUCAUGCAAACGAACCAAAGAUACAUCCUGAACUGUUGGAGCUUGCUAAGCAGGGCCGCGUGUUGGUGACAUGCCAUAAUGCUGGUGGAACAGUCGACACUCACAAGGGUUUUGAAGAGUUGAGCAUGAGAAACAUUAUGGCUGUUCUCAGUGGCGGAGAGGCCAUUACACCUGUGAACUUGGAGUUUCUCAAGAAGUAGCACAAUGGAUGGGUGUGAAUAGAUGAUAGAAGCAGGUAGCAUAGAAUCAUGAUAACG